AUGAGUUCAAAUUGUUCACAGGAGAAUGAGGACGAAGCAAAUAUAAUAGACGGGAGGUUCCAAAAUUUGCUAAAAUUGAAGGCGCGAAAUGGCGUCGGAGGGGAUUUCUCGAACAUAAAAUUUAGCCAAAAUGGCCAGUACAAGAGAUACCAUGACUUUUACAAUAACAAAAACUCCCUUCAACAUUAUUUGAAAAAAUUAAAAGCAUGUAGAAUAGACGCAGAUGAACUUCGAAACAUUUUGGAAAAAAGACUCACCCUAGAUCGUGAGAAUCAAAUGCUUAAGUCAAUACAGGACGAUGAUAAGAAAGGGUUUGGAAGUGAAACGAAUUCCUCCUCGUCCAACCAUGAAGGCUUACACCUUUACAGGAAACUUAAUUUUUUGAACAAAAAUAAUCGAAGCAAAUCAAAGAAUAAAAACAGAAAGAGAAAGAGAAUUAACUCCAAAAUUGACAAAAAGUUUAUUAUUAAAUGCCGCACUUGUAAGUACGUUAACCCUAAUGGUUUCAAGAUGGGGGACUACUACACGUGCCAGAAUUGUGGGUACAACGACUUUUCCGUGUUGCGGUCCACAGUAGUAUUGAUUCCUUAUGUAUACUUAAAUUUUGAUGCAUAA